GCCCUAGGUAAAAAGUAUAGGUAGGGCACAAGUCAAUAUUCCUCUCUUCUCUCUCACCGCGCGAUGGCUGCCGCCACUGGUGCCGCCGCCGCUCCGGCCGGAGAUCACAAGGGCAAGAGCAAGCGCAGCAGCGGCACCAGCCCGCCCAAUUCGAUGCUCUACGCAUUUCUCGUCUUUGUUGUCACGCUGUCCUUGCAGCAGAUGAACAAGAAGACGCUGGCGUCGUCGGAGCUCUACACCAUCCUGGGCGGAUUCAUCAGCUCGCUCCUCUUCCUCCUCGCGCUCACUAUGAUUGGCAACCUCCAGGAGUUACUGGGCAGCCGAACCGGAUGGGGUGCUGUGCUUGCGGCGGAGCUCAUCGCUUGCGUUGCUGCCGGGGCGGUACAUAGAGUGUGCAUCACCACAUGCUUCAUCUUCUCGCUCCUCUUCGUGUACGAAGUGAACAAGGUGUCCUUGACGGCACAGCAGCAGGCCGCGGUGACGGGGCCGGACACGAAGAAGAAAGUUCACUGACUACUGCCGGGUAGCAAUCGGUAUCUCGGUUUUUUCUUCUUGGUUGUUAUACAAACUCCUUGAGCCGCUUCACCAGCGUCUCAAAUGCCUUCCUCUUGCU